GCAGAAAGAGAAACUGCAAAAUGCUCAGGUCAUUGCUGCCCAGAUGUGUUUGAAGGGACUUCCACACUUCAGGUGCUCCAGGAACCUCAUGCAUGGCGCACAUAUUAAAGACACUCAACAGCUGGUUCUGGUGGGAGAAUAUCUGGAUGCCCAUCAAUGUCACGUGGGCACAUUUUGUAGACCGGGAUGGACUUGUCUUUCCAAAAGCACAUCAAUUAUAUGCCACAAUUCCAUAUGCUUUUGUAUUGCUGAUUAUCCGGUUCUUCAGUGAAAGAUACAUUGCUAUACCUCUAGCAAAAGCCUUAGGUAUAAAGAAUGUAAGACGUGUGAAGCCACAGCCUAAUCCUGUUUUAGAGAGUUAUUUCCGGGAGUGCUCAAAACAUCCAUCCCAAUCAGAUAUUCAAGGCCUUGCCAAGAAGUGCAACUGUACUGUCCGUUUGGUGGAAAAGUGGUUCAGGAGGCGGCGAAACCUUGAGAUCCCAACAGUGCUUCGGAAAUUCCAGGAAGCUUUCUGGCGAUUUUCAUUCUAUCUCACAUCCUCCAUUGCUGGGUUUAUAUUUCUAUAUGAUAAACCAUGGUUUUAUGACAUCUGGCAGACGUGGGUUGGCUACCCAUUUCAGACCCUGCUGCCAUCCCAAUAUUGGUACUACAUGGCUGAGAUUAGUUUUUACUGGUCUCUCUUAUUUACGCUGGGGAUUGACAACAGAAGGAAGGAUUUUCUGGCUCAUGUCGUUCAUCACUUGGCAGCCAUUGGGUUGAUGAGUGGCUCUUGGUGCGCUAAUUAUGUGCGUCUUGGGACACUGGUGAUUUUUGUGCACGAUACUGCAGAUUUCUGGCUUGAGGCAGCCAAAAUGUUUAAUUACGCUCACUGGGAGAAAACCUGCAAUAUGCUCUUUAUCAUCUUUUCUAUUGCAUUCUUCAUCACAAGAAUCAUCCUGUUCCCCUUCUGGAUUCUUCGUGCCACGUUGUAUCAGCCUACGUUCUACUCCACGACUCCUGUCAUAGCGUAUUUUCUGUUCAAUGGGCAGCUGUUGAUCCUCCAAGGCUUGCAUUUAUACUGGGGUUACUUAAUUUUCAAGAUUUUGAAAAGGUUCAUUUUCUUAAAGGACUUGAAAGAUGAUCGCAGUGAUGAAGAGGAGGAAGAUUCUGUUACAGAUAAUGAAGAGGAGUCCACAAAGAAUGGCAACAAGAACAGCUGCGGGUCAAGCAAACACCUCCUAAACAGCAGUCACCACUAGCCCUCUCCUUCCCCACCUCCUGCAGUGAUUUCUGCUCUGGUUUUAACCCAACCUACAGGAUAGAAUUUAAGUCAAAAGGCUUAUGAGAGACUGUGAUUGAUUUAUUGUUGGCUACUGGACCUGGAAAAAAGCCCAGUUUAGAGGGAAGGGAAAAAUUGUAUAACAUGACAAAAUGUGUUAAUGACCUGCUUUCAGAAUCAUUGUGAAGUGUUUGGAAAGACUUUGGACACACACAAAGUGUGUGACAGUGCUCCACAAGGUCAAAGCUCAAGAGCAUCAGAUCAUUUAGUGUCCAAUUCUAACACUGUUUUUCAAUCUGAUAUGUUUCACCAAAUGCUUUAAUUCACAGAUGUUUUGUGGUAGGUCAGUAGUGUGAAUUCCAUUAGGAAGCAAAAUUACUCAAUGUGGCAAAAAUCUGACAGUGGUGUACAGUGACUAGCAUUUCAGUCUUUACUUUUCAGUUUAAACCCUCAUCAGAAUAGCUAUUUUUUGAGUUAGAUUUCAUUUCCUGCAGGCCAGUGGAAGCUAACACAAUGCAAGACAAAUUACUUGCCUCUGAAGAGCUGGCUUCACUGCAGAAAUAUAGUCUUUCUCCAAAAUAUGCUGUAUGAUAGAUGGCUCAAAAAUUGUGUUCUAAGAUUUACCUGUCAAGGAAGUCACUGUUAAAAUAGCAAAAUUCAGCCCCAAUUCUCUAUUGAGCUCUGCGUUUCAGCUCUGUUAUUCUGGCCUCGUCUUAGGAGCAAGUCUGCUAAGUUCUGUUUUGUGGUUCUUGUGUGUUCACGCAUGUAUCUGGGCUCUGGGGGAGCAUGGGACUAGCAGGGAAUGUCAUGUUGUCAGUGCUGUGAAUUCAUUUGAUACCAGGAUCUGUAUUUCCAUCUCUGCUCUUUCUGAAAAUCAGGAAUCACAUUGGCUAGAGUCAAACUUGGAUGCGAGUGUGUGACUUAAGCCACGUUGUUUAUGCUGUGAGAAGUUGUUGGAGUUGAAGUAACAGUGGAUGUUUUACCAGCUCGUCUUACCAAAAGUGCCUCUAUCCUAUGUUUGCGCUUUUGUUUUAAGGCUAGUACAGAGUGCAGCAGCUUUUUUAGUCCUGGGGCUUUCCAAGGAGAGCCCUGGGCCUUUUAAACAGGGUGGUGCCAGUCUCAUUUCCAGAUGCAUUAGCUCACAAAGUUGUAAGUGAUUUAUGUCAUGAGUUUUAGAGGUGAGAGGCUCUCCAUGUGGUUCUACAGUAGCUGAGAUCAUCUGGUGAACUAAAUCCAGUAGCUUGAUAGAGAACAGGGGACCACUGCUACAACAGCCUUAGUGCUGAGCUUUUGUUUUGGAAAGGCUCUUUUCCCCUUAGGUCUGCUCAGGCAGGAACUUGGUGACCUAUGGGAAGCACCAUAUGACUGACUUGUUUUCCCAAGAUUUCCUUGGCAAAGGGGGAUACAAUUCAGUGACUGAAGCAUUUGAAAGAAUGAGAAAUGUUUGGGAUCUCAGAUAUGAAGAAAGUAGUGUGUUCUGUGCAGUCACAAGGAAGUGUAGGAGUACUUCGUCACAGAGGCUGGCAGUGUGAAAGUAUCUACAUAUGGUCUGGUCAACUAGGCCGUGUUUAAUUCUGUGCUUAUAUUUUGGAUCAUGUAAUACCCCAAAUGUUUAUGUUUCACCACAACAAGAACUUACUGAGAAAGGAGAAUGGCCUCCAGCUUCUGAGAAGGAUGGGAAAUGUGCAGGAGUGGAAUGGAACUCCUGUGGUUAAGUAGGGCUGCUCGGGCUGAGCAGGCAGAAUUCCCUCGGUAGCUGUUGUAUAGCACUGUGCUUCCUUACAUAGCUGUGGAGAAUACCUUAAAUACUGCAGUGUGGGUUUAUUGGAAGUGUAAGUACUUAUUACAUCAUCUGAAGCAACUGGUGAGUUUGGCAGGGUCACUGUUGCUUAUCAGGGCCUGUUUAUUGCCUACAUGAAAAGAACUGGCCUUUCUUGACAAAAUGUAGAAACCCGACAUCUUGGAGGCUUUACACUCCCUUUGAGAGCAGUGGAGACAAUGAUGCUUUCUUCAAGACAUAACAGGGGUUUGGGAGAUGGCCAGGGUAUUAUCAUUUAAUUUUGGUGCCAGAAAAACUUUCCUGCUAUGAGUAGGAAAGGAAUUCAGGAAAGGAAACAUGAAGAAUGAAGUUGUCACAGGAGUGAGCCUCUGAACAACUACUGAGUUUUACACUGGAGUUUAUGGUCUGUUUGAGGCCAAAUCUUGUCCUUCCUACUUGGACAAGUCUCCCACUGGAAGCCAGUUAACUCCACUGGAGUCUUGCCUAGGAAAAAUUUUGGAUUGCAGUUAUCCAGCUUAAUUACAAGACCUGUUGUUUUAAAUCGAUGUGAAACUAGGAUCUUAAAGGAAAAGGUAGAUAAAGUCAUUCAAACAUUAAGCGUUGAGGCAAAGUUUGGGUGAGUACAGAAGAAUAUAACUGCAGUUAGGGAAGGCCUUCCAGGGAUUACUGUCAUGGCCAGCUGAAGUGAUGAAACCUGAAAAUUCUGGAUGUAAACCACUAGGCACUGGGGAUGAAUACCAACAGCAUGGAAAGAAGUGGGAACAGACUUGUCACAGUGGGGCUGGACACAUCAGAUUUGUCGUUCCUGAUGUUACAUGUGUUUCAUUUUCCACUUUUUACCGAUAGAAACUCAGAAACAAGAGGCUGACGUCGUGGGGAACAUGAUUCAUGCUAAAGAAAUUAAUGUUAUGGUGCUUCCAGAUUUUCAGUCUAUUCAAUGCCCUUAACAUAGUUUUAAUCUUACUGCGUAAAGAGUCUCCAAAUGCAAGUGCAGCACAGUUGUGGGAAAUGUGUGUGAGCACAGAUGAUAGACUCUACACUACUUUUACCAUUUUAAGGUAAAAAUGGGUCCUGGUUUAAUGAUUUGAUGCUGUCUGGUUUUGCUGUGUCACUUUGACCAUGCCAAAAUAUUUAUGAUUGAAUUAAGAACUGAAAAUGAAAUCUUAGUCCAUUAGACUCAGCAAAAUCUCAUCUGUUGCAUUUAAUCCUGUGAAUUUUGUUCAGGUUCUCCUGUCCAUGUACACCUGAUGCCUCUGUACUACACAGAUUUACUGACCUACUUGGAUUUGAUUUACAGAUCUCCCUUACUCCACAGAACUCAUGUUGUCAAUGUGGAUUAUUCAGUAUAAUUAUCUUUCUUUGUUGUUUAUGGCACUGAAUUUGUCUGGUCCAUCGUGCUCCACACUAGAGAUAAAUGUUUUUUAAAAACGGG